UACAUAUCUACAUGGUUACUAUGAAAAUGAAAAGCGGCUUUUUGAACAACAUUUGAAUUAUUUCAAAAGAUUAUAUGAGGAUUCUCAAAAUAGUAUCAUUCCAGAUCUAUUUUCAAUUCAAUUAAAACUACUAAAAUUAAAUUGACAAACAAGCUAUACUGAAACAAUAAUAUAUUAUAUUAAUAUGGGAUUAAAAUGUUGUGUGGAUUCGUGUCAGAUAGAAGCUAAUUCUUGGAAUAUUCAACUAUACUCAUUUCCAUUGAAUUCCCCCCUUUACAAUAAAUGGGUAGCUGCGAUAAAAAAAUAUGAUCAAAUUGAAUAUUGUAGAAAUCUUCGCGUAUGUUCGAGGCAUUUCAAACUACAAGAUCGAGAGAAAGGUUUAUUUGGCUAUUCUAAACUGAAAUUAGGAGCUAUUCCUUCAGUAUUUGUCCAUGGUCAACGGUCAAUAUUUAAAGAUGUUGAAAACAUUAAGAACUACCGACUAUCAGCUGAAGAAAUAAUUUCCAAAAAAACACUCGAACUAUUAGUGCAUCAUGGUGUUUUCACUGAUGAAGAUCUUGAAGCACGUCUCGAAAGAGAAAAGUAUUGGAAUACAUAUCUACAUGGUUAUUAUGAAAAUGAAAAGCGGCUAUCUGAACACAAUUUUAAUUAUGUUAAUAGAUUAUAUGAGGGAUGUCAAAGUUGUAUUCUAGAAUUAUUUUCAAUUCAACUAAAACUACUAAAAUUAAAGUAAAUGAUGAAAUG